AUGAAGGCGGGGAGACCCUCCUUAACCCAUACAUCUGAUGCUGGUAGUGGCGUAACGCAUACGGCGGCCAGCGAUAAUGUUCGUGUUCGAUCGUCAAUCACAUCAGAUACGCAAUCACAAAUAGACAUACGAAAUACCGACAAACUCAAUGAAUUAAUGCAAAAACUUAGUACGACGCAUACACAACUCGAUGCUUACUCAAAACAACGUACGGAUAAAAUCAAUGAAGAUCUUGCUGCCUCUGUUCAAGAAAUGAUCGCUGAGACACAAGCUGAACAACACCGUCUUGUUGAAUAUGCCAAUGCUCGCACAAAAGCAGUCGAAGAAAACUACAAGGUGAAAAUAGAAAAAUAUUUUGAAGAGAUAAACGUACAGAAGGCACAAAGUUUAGCCAUAUUGGAAAAACAAUUAAAUGAUCAUCAACAGGCGAUAUUGGAUCGAGCUAAGCAACAGAUUGAUCUCUUGAAUUCAGAGGCUAAUGAUGCUAAACUGAACGUUAUGAAGGAAGCACAAGCGAAAGUUAAUGCGGAAAUUGUAGGUAUCACGAAUCAAGUUCAGCAAUUGGUUGCUGAAGAGACGACUCAUAAUCUACAAUCAGCGACGACCAUGGUUAUUACAUCGGAAUCGUCAUCAGCCAGUGUACAACACACAGGAGUAGUGGAUAUGAGUGCCACCGGUGCGGCUACAACAUUUACAUACUAA